CUUUCUUUCCCUUUUUCUUUUUUUGUGCUUUCUGUUAUGCCUGUCAGUAUUACCAAAGAUAACAAAACAACUCUUUAUAUCAGUGGACUCGAUCAGCAAGUGACAGAACAGUUUUUGUAUGCUGCAUUCAUUCCUUUUGGAGAAAUAGUCGCUGUUCAACUUGCGCUCGAUACAGAGAUUGACACUACAAAUGUGCAUAGAGGAUUUGGAUUUGUUGAAUAUGCAGAUCCUGAAGAUUGUCAAGCAGCUAUGGAUAACAUGCACUUGUCUGAAUUGUAUGGUAAAGUCAUCAAGGUACAGAUUGCAAAGACUAUUAAUGUCACAACCACUUCCAACCGAGCAGUGUGGACUGAUGAAGCAUGGUUACAAAAAUAUGGCAACUUGGAGGAAGCGAGAGAAAAUGAAGAAAAAGAAGAAACAACAAAAGACACGGUGCAGACCAACGAACAGGACGUGUCAUCCUAUGUGCCCUCUAGUGCGAAAAGGGGGCAAAAAUGCCGUGUUUAUUUGGAUAUUGAGAUUGGAAACAACUUUGCAGGUCGCAUAGAAAUUGAGCUUCGAGGUGACGUUGUGCCCAAGACAGCAGAAAAUUUUAGAGUUUUAUGCACUGGAGAAGCAGGAUUUGGAUACAAAAACUCUUCUUUCCAUCGCAUUAUUCCUCAAUUUAUGUGUCAAGGUGGCGAUUUUACAAAGGGUAACGGCACAGGCGGCAAAUCGAUUUAUGGAGGCAAGUUUGAAGAUGAAAACUUUACCUUGAAACAUACAGGGCCUGGUACUUUGUCUAUGGCUAACGCGGGGCCUAAUACGAAUGGAAGUCAGUUUUUCAUCUGUACAGAAAAGACAGCUUGGUUGGAUGGUAAACAUGUUGUGUUCGGACAAGUCGUGUCUGGUAUGAACGUGGUUAAGCAAAUGGAGAGUUGUGGAACAGCCAACGGAAAGCCAACUAAGCGUGUGACCAUUGUAGACUGUGGAGAGCUUUAAAAAUAAAAAGAAAAAAGAAAAAAAGCA